CGAACGGAUGGUACAGGUGUUGAUAUUUUUCGUACAACCAUGUCCCUACAACGAUUUUACCUCCUGCAAAACUGUAUACGUUUUGAUGAUAAAUCGACAAGAGACGAGUGAAAGGAAACUGAUAACUUAACUCAUAUCAGAAUGCUUUUCGACCAAUUUGUUGAUUGCUGCCAGCAAGCUUAUAUUCCUCAUGAAUAUAUGACCAUUGACGAAAUGUUGUUAGCCUUUAGAGGGAAGUGCGGAUUUUGCGUAUACAUUCCGAGCAAACCUGCUAAGUAUGGAAUAAAAAUCCAAGCUCUUGUAGAUGCAAAAUCUUUCUACACAUUCAAUUUAGAAGUUUAUGCAGGGAAACAACCCAGUGGACCUUAUGCAGUUAGCAACAAACCGUUUGAUCUUGUGGAAAGACUUGUUCAGCCCAUAUCACAGUCCAACCGCAACCUGACAUUCGACAACUGGUUUACUAGUCACGAAUUAAUGCUACAUCUACUGGCUAACCAUAGGCUUACAUCUACAGGAACAGUUCGAAAGAACAAAAAAUGCAUUCCGUCCGCUUUAUUGAAAACUGGAAAAGAACCAGGAAGCUCAUUGUUCUGUUUCCAGAAGGACAUUACAUUAGUGUCCUACGCCCCGAAAAAGAAUAAAGUGGUUAUAGCUAUGUCCACUUUACACCAUGAUGAUAGAAUUGAUGAGACCACGGGAGAUAAAAAGAAGCCCGAAAUUAUAACAUUUUAUAAUGGUACGAAAGCAGGAGUAGAUGUUGUCGAUGAACUCUGCGCUACUUACGAUGUUUCGCGUAACAGCAAGCGGUGGCCUAUGACCAUCUUUCAUGGGAUACUAAACAUAGCUGCUUCAAACGCAAAUAUUAUUUUUCGGGAAAACAAAAAUGAAAACAUAAAGCGAACAGAGUUUAUCCGUAAUCUAGGGUUAGCUCUGGUGUAUGAACAUUUACGAUUACGAAAAGACCAAAAAAACAUUCCAGUCUAUAUUCGAAAGAGGAUCUGUUCGCAAAUUAAUGAAGAACCAAGUCGUUCACUCCAGAAUAGUACUGGGCAAUAUACGAGAUGUGCUGAUUGUCCAAGGAAAAAAGAUCGAAAGACAAAGCACUCUUGCUCAACAUGUGGGAAGGCCAUAUGUAUAGAGCAUGCAAUAUUUUCCUGCAAAAAUUGUUGUUAUGAUGACCCUAGUUCCUAA